AUGCUGCUGAACGCAGUACCGGCCGGAGUAAGGGCCGAGAUCCUGGCAAGCAGGACUACGAGCUCCACAGAGGUGAUGUUCGCUCUCUUUCGGCGAUACCAACCUGGCGGCCUGGCUGAGAGAUCCAGACUACUAAGGUCAUUGGUGGACCCGAAGACCCCAGGAAGUGUUCAGGAGCUGUUGGAGACCUUGAGAGGGUGGAGACGGAGCCUGAGGAGGGCGCAGGAGUUGGACAUCACUACGCCCGACGCCACACUGCUGUUGGGAGCAGUGGACAGGAUGUCGACGCCGGUUGUGAGAGCUUCGAGUCAGGCGGCAUUCAGGGUGAGUUCAACAAGGGCCGCUCUUGGGGUGGAUGUGACUCCCACGUUGGCUUCGGUGUUGGGAUUCGCUGAUUCGUUGCUGGCGGAGGCGGAGACCAUCGCAUUCGGGGAGACCGGACCUUGCGAGGAGGUGAUGAAGACAGCCCCUACGGUGAAGGUCAAGGCAUUGGCCACGGCCCUGGAGGAGAAGGUCGACAAGAGUUCAACCUACAAGGGGAAGAACGACAACGCUGAAAAGGUGUGUCGUUUCUGGGGCUCGGAGGAGGGGUGCCGGAGGGGACAGGACUGCAAGUUCAAGCACGAUUGGGCCAACAUCGACAAGAAAGGACGGUGCUUUGGCUGCUCAGCUCAGGGGCAUGCGAAAAAGGAUUGCCCAGUGACGAAGCAGAAGGGGACAACGCCAGAGAAGCCAGCAGUGAAGAUGAUGAAGGAGAAGAAUGUCCAACCGUCCGUGAAGACCGAGACGGUAGAACCCACGGUGAAGACUGGGGGGAGCGAGGCUGGUGACCAAACGGCACCCAAUGAAGGGGAUCGAGGAGCUGGCGCAUCAGGCGAAGUCAAGGACCUCUUGAACGAGGCGACAACGCUUCUGAAGAGUUUGAGACCAGCUGCAUCGAUCAAGGCCAUCAGGUUGAGCUUGAAGUUCGAGAAGGAGGACGAGAAAGCAGUGAGUGAGGAAGAGUGGUCGAGGGCUCAGGAAGUCAAUGUGGAGCUCGCGGCAGGAACAGCAGUGCUACGGUUGCUCCCUUGGACGAAGACUCUCUUGACCAAGGAUGAAGUCCAGGUGAUAGUGCCGUUGGGGGUGCUGAUUUCCUUGGGCUACGAGGCAGUCUGGGAGAAAACGCGCUUUGAGCUGACGGACCCGGCUGGCAUCACCCUGGACACAAGGGUGGAGAACUCGUGCCCGACGAUCAGUGAGGAUCUGGCGAUGGAGCUCAUCCAAGAAAUCGAGCGGAGCAUGGUUCGUGAACGAGCUCGACUAGCCUUCUUGUCUGGAGAGAACGUGGGGCUUGAGGUGAGCGAUGAUGAGGCGAGACACUUGGAGGAGCUGAAGAACCUCUUUCCGGAGGUCCCUCACCAUCUGGUGGAACGGUUGCUGCCCAAAAAGGGGUGGACAGGAGAGGGGCUGCCAUGGAAUCGUCACGAGCGGAGGAGAGUUCGUAAAGCCAAAGAGGUGGUGAUCCAUCUGUUCAGCGGGGACUCGAAGCAGUUCUGGCAGAAGGAGCUGGAGGCGGAGAACCGGGUGGUGAUUUGCGUGGACACGGUGAUUCACCCAGGUCUGAACCUCUUGAGGGACGACGUCUUCGCCUACUUGCUGGACAUUGCAGACAGCGGGAGUUUGUGUACGCUGCUGGGAGGCCCACCAUGUCGGACGAUGAGUCGGCUUCGAUACCGACAGCCGGGACCGCCACCACUGAGAGAGAGAGAAGGACCACACAGGUUCGGACUACCUCAGCUGGACAGGUACCUCAAGAAGCAGGUUGAGGACGACGCGACCCUCUACCUCAGACAGCUCUAUCUGUACCAUCGAGCUGCAACGGCGAGGAAGGACAGAGUGACGCUCUCUGCACUGGAGCAGCCGGAAGAUCCGGAAGAGUACAUCAGGGAGGAGGAGAAGAAGUUGCAGCGCUACGCAUCCUACUGGAGUUGGCCAGAGUGGAGGAGCUUCAAGGAGCGCUGGAACAUGAUGGAGGUCUGUUUCGACCAAGGUCCGAUGGGACACCAGCGAAGGAAACCUACACGACUGGGAACGAACAUCCCGAGGUUGGUGGAACUCCAGGACAUCCGAGGACCUGGAGUGGGCGGCGGGACGGCGCUGGCGGAGGACUUGGCGGAGCGCAUCAAGCAGAGCCGUGAAUGGUCCACCUGGGCGCCCGGCCUCAAGGCAGCGCUGGCUGCAGGGAUCCGGGAGACACUCCAAAACCCGGAAGCCAUGGUCAAGAGAAUGGACCUUGAGGAGACGAUCCACCUGCCGGGAGAUCCACGACCCAGAGCUGAUGGACAGGGACAUCUACCAGAACGAAGGGAGAAACAGGCACUGGAAGAGGAAGUGUUUGAGGAAGUGAUCGUACCGAAGGAAAACACCGCAGCUUCGUCGUCUGGACCGAUAGCAGGGAACCACGAUCGCCGGACAUUUGAGCUGCUGAUGGGAGGAACACCCGAAGGGCUACAGCUGGGAUCUUGGGAAAUCAGCGAGAGGACCACCAUGGAGGACUUGGAUCAGCGAAAUCCGGUGCACGCGUCACCGGUGCCGUUGCGGUCACCGUCGAGUCCGGGCGAAGCCUCGGAUGGAGUCGGUGUGGAAGAGUCCACUGUGGAUUCCUGCUGUGAUGAGGACAACCUCAAGGCGUGCCACGAGAAAUUGAUCGAGCAGAAAGAGGUACGGAUCACCCAGCUCGAGGCUCGAGUCAAGUCUUUAGAGAUGGAGCUGGAGAAGGCUCAGAACAAGUUGCUGCAAAAGGAACGAGAGGAGUCGGAUGUGGCCAAGGCCCAGCAAGAGCUCCUGCAGGAGCUCAAGACGCGGAAAGCGGUCCAGUAUGAGCUCAUUUGCACUGGGCAGCAAGUCUGUGAGAUGCAAGAGAAGAUUUACGAACAAGAGAAGCGCAUCCAGAAGCUCACCGCAUGCAUGAAGUCACCUGCCGCUCGUCCACGGGUGGUCACUGCGAGUCAGGUCCAACCGCUUCCUUCUCCGAUUGCGAGGCAGUUCUCCGACAACUGCGACGGCCUUGGCAGGCUUGUCGAGGGCAGCACCACCUACGACAGUCCAAUGACUGCCCGCAGCAUCAGCAGUGCCAGCUGUAUCAGCACGCCAUCAGAGAGGUUUGGAUCCAAGGAAUCGACCGGUUAUCGAACUCCACGCGUGUCAGUGCCAAGCAUCAUCAGGCCUGCGACAUACAAUGUGCAGAGUCCCAGCUCUGGCGCCACGACACCUUUGUCUGCACGCAUCCGGUCAAAUUUCGCCCACACCCCGUCGACACCCAUCCUUCAAUCCGUGCUGGUGCCGUCUCAUUGUGUUGGCAUGCAGAGCCCUGUUUGGUCUCCACCCAAGGCCACUGUAGUACAGAGCGUGCAGAGCCCACAGGGCUCGCUUACUCGCCUGCGUUGA